AUGACUACUGCUGCAUUUUUGGAAAGUAAUUGUCCAGACUUGAAACUUAUAAGUCGUGGUAAAGUACGGGAUUUGUAUGAAAUAGAUGAAAAAACUUUACUUUUUGUUGCAACUGAUCGAAUAAGUGCAUUUGAUGUUAUAAUGAAAAAUGGAAUACCAGGGAAAGGAAAAAUCUUAACAAGGAUUUCAUUAUUUUGGUUUAAUUAUCUAAAAGAUAUUAUACCAAAUCAUUUGAUAACAGCAGAAUUCAGUGAAAUGCCAGAUAUUUUACAAAAAUAUAAAGAUCAAUUAGAAAACCGAUGCUUAUUGGUAAAAAAAUGUAAGGUCCUACCUGUUGAAGCUAUUGUCCGUGGAUCUGCUUGGGAAGAAUAUAAGAGAAAAGGUAGUAUAUGUGACAUUGAACUUUCUAAAAAUUUAAAACAAUGUCAAAAUUUUGAUGAACCUUUAUAUACUCCUAGUACAAAAGCAGAGAUUGGGCAUCAUGGAAUCAUUAUUGCAGACACCAAAUUUGAAUUUGGGAUUGAUUCUGAUGGACAGCUCAUUUUAGUAGAUGAAGUACUAACUCCAGAUUCUUCGAGAUUUUGGCCAGCUGAAUCUUACUCAAUUGAUAAAACUCAAGAAAGACAUUCAACUGCCUAG